CGUGGCAGUGGGGUGGGAGGCAGGGGCACAUGGGAGGCAAGGGACGCGUGGCAGUGGGGAAAGAGGGUGGGAGCUUGGGGCUGGUGGCAGUGGACAGGGUAGGAGAUUGUGCUGGGGGAGAGGCAUAGGAUGUUGUACUGUGGUUGGAGCACAGGGUGAUGAAUUCACUCUGAUUUUUAAGUAAAUGGUGUGGCUGCUCCUGCUUAAUCCUGCUGGCACUGCCUCUCUCAGUGCUCUAGGGAGGCAGGAAAUGUGCCUCUAGGGUUGCCACCUCUCCUGGGAUUCUGCAGAUUGUCCCACUUGUAACAGGGUGGCUAGUUACUGAUCUGCAAAGCACUUCCAGGGCCAUGAAGCAUCUUCACCUUGCCCUUCAAGCACACUCACAGAGGUGGCAGCCUCACUGCCCACACAUCCAUCAAAGUGCAGCCCAAUUAUCACAUGGGCUGUGAAAUCUAGAACAAGAGGUGCUGUAGUGCUAGCAGGGAGCUUCUCUCUGCCACCUCCCCUUUUCCAAAGGCAGACUUCUGGGCAUUUCUGGCAUAGGUCCUGUUAAUAAAGCUGCACUCACAGCACCGAUUGGGUUGAUGGUGUAUAGUGUUCUUCUGUGACGUAGCUUUGAGGUGCACACCUAGAGCAUGCAGUGUUAUGUAGGGCUUUGAUAAUGGGGAUAUGGAGACUUCUGCCUCCAUAAAGGUAAAAAUCCAGCCCAAGUCAAUAGUAACCAAAAGUCACCGUGAUCUGAUUGCUGUUUGGUGGCCUGUGUGAAAUGAGUUUGUUGCCCUUGAUCUAUCUCUUAGUAUAUAAGUGUCCAUAUCACAAUCGGUCCUGUUGUUGGCAUCCUUAGCAGAGAGAUCAGGGCUACAGGUUGCAGCAGUUUGCAUCUUCAAUUACUCUUUUGGGGAGAAGUUUUUGGGUGCUGAGAGACAUUCAGGCUGCAGCUCCCUGGAAUUGCCAAACAUGUGUCGAGUAGCUUUGCUUACUGCCAAGCCAGACAACUGGGUGGUGAUGUUUUCUUCUCUUCUAGGUUCUUGCAAGAUGAAUGCAAAGGAUUUGAAUUCUAGUCCCAUCUCUGUACUUAUUACUGAGUCACAGUUUGCCCAGCUGUUCAGGGAGUAUUUGGAGAGAGAGAGGGUUCUGGAUGUCUGCCAUCGUGUGCAAAAGCUGCUGGAUGGCACAGUGGCAUUGCCUGUGCUGGGAGAGAAACUCACUGAGCAGCACCUGCAGGAGCUGCGGGAGAGCCUGCCCCCUGAGAAGACAUGCACACUGACGUGGGAUCAGAACCCCAUUCCCUCCAAGGCAGCACGAGUCCAGUCGCCCGCCCGGAAGCUGUGCAGAGAGCUACAGCAUUUAGUGUCAGCCUCUGGGGGCAGGUGGUCAGAUGAGCUGGAGGAUGAUCUCCCUCGUUCCUGGCAGCGGCACAGAGACCUCAUCCUGCUGAGCGAGGACAGCUUCAGGGCUGCUUUGUGGAAGGAGCUGGGACCAGAACUCUGGGAAACAGUUGCUUCUGCUCUGGGCGCCCGACGCAUAGCCAAACGAGGGCGAAUAUCGCCGGAUGGAGUACGAUCCCCGACAGUGACCCUAUUGCUGGGGCAGGAUGGCUGGGUGGAGCAUGUGGACAAUGGAAUCAGAUAUACAUUCGAUGUGACCAGGUGCAUGUUCUCUCCUGGAAACAUCACAGAAAAGCUGCGGGUGGCGUCGCUGCCAUGUGCUGGGGAAGUGCUAGUGGAUCUUUAUGCAGGGAUUGGCUAUUUCACGGUACCGUACCUGAUUCACGCCGGUGCUGCCUUUGUCCAUGCCUGUGAGUGGAACCCCCAUGCUGUGGAGGCCCUGAGAAAGAACCUGGAGCUGAAUGGUGUGCAGGAUCGGUGUCAGAUCCACCAAGGGGAUAACAGGCAGCUGGAGCUUCGAGACGUGGCCAACAGGGUGAAUCUGGGGCUGCUCCCCAGCUCAGAGGAAGGCUGGCCUAUCGCCUGCCAGCUUUUGCGGAAGGGCACAGGGGGCAUUCUCCACAUCCACCAGAAUGUGGAGUCCUUUCCAGCAAAGGCUCAUUUGCAUAGUGGCCACUUGGAGGAGCAGCAGCUGCAGCAAUGCCCAGAACAAGCUGUAUCCAACAGGCAGGAGGACAAAAUGGGCCACAGGAGCCCAAAAGAUGCUGACCUCAUGGAUUCUGGGAGGGAGACCCAGGCAGCUGCGACCAGGGCCGAGUGGCAGAGGUGGGCAGAGACCACAGGAAUGCGUAUCAGGGUUCUGCUUCAGCAGCUACAUGGGAAGCCUUGGAGGACAAACAUUCUGCACAUUGAGCCAGUGAAAUCGUACGCACCCCAUGUGUAUCACAUAGUCCUGGAUCUGGAGUGCCGCCCCCUCUCUUAAUACACAAGGAGAGUGGACUGCACCCUUGGGAUCCCCAGGAAUGUCGCCUUCUCUGCUAGCAAACGUGCUGGGGGAGCUCAUGGCCCAAGCCUGAGAAGUGCACAAAGCCUACACAGAGUUGAGUGCUCCCAGCUGGUACCUUGUGAACUGGUUCAGUCUGACACUGGUCUUGCCUUCUGCUCUCUUGGGGCCCCUCUUCUCUCCAGACUGGUAUGCAACAGCUUGACCUGACCAUCAUGGUGCUCCCUGCAGCUGCUUUCUGAUCUUCACUCUAUUUCCAUUUCCUGUAACCAGGUAAAACGUUUGUUGUUAGUUUUAUCUGCAUGGGUCGUUUUUCCCAGCGGGAUGGCAGAGUUCUUCAGCACUCAGCUUCAAACUCUGUUUUCACCACUAAUGCCAGCAAGAGACCUGGGCAUGUGAACUUAGCAGAAUGUCUGAGUUCAGAUUCACCAGUUGAGCCAGAGAGCAUCUCAGUCCUGACAGAGGCUGCCACUAGUGCCAGGCUGUGGGCAGAUUGUGUCUCUGUGACCACUAGGACCUAGGCUGAGACUCACCAGACUUACUGCCCUUGUGAUCUAAUCAGAAAAUGCUGAGCGCUUUGCUUGUGGUAUUCAUUUGUUGUGGGCAUGUAAAGAUAUCCAGGAUGUAGUGCAGUCCCUGUGAGCUGACCAUGCUCCCUCUACUGCUGUCCUGGUCUAUUCCUAAUUACUGCACUACAAACCUAAUCUUGCAGAGUGCCCCCGUACAGGCAGAACCCCACUGAUGUAAGUGGGGCUCAGUGUGGAGCGGGCCGUAUGUACUUUAUCAUAACAGAUACCAACUUUCAUGUUUCUUAGCAUCUAAGGAGGCUUGUUCAUCCUCUUGUUCCAAGCCUGGAUCUGAAGUUGCUAUGAUGUUUGCCCACAAGUUUCAGGAAGCCUGGGCAUGCGGCUUCUCUGCUGCUACUUGGGAUUUUUGGCCUGUCUCUGUUUAAAAUAGUGAGAAAUGAAUGAAUGUAGUGCUACUGAAAGGUACCAAACUGAGAUCCCCAGAGACCAAAGCUUCUCCCCACAGAACGGAUGCAGAGUCAGUGCAAGAUUUCCCCACGCAGCAAUUCUGCCUCACUCCUGCCCUGGAUGGAACAUAGGAACUGCCAAACUGGGUCACGCCAGUGGUGUGUCUCCAACAGUGGCCAGUGCAAGCUGCUUUGGAGGAGGGUGCAAGAAACCCUGCAGAAAGCAGUUAUGAAAUAUCCUGCCCACAAUAAUAAUUUCUUCCUAAUCUGUGUUUGUUAGAGGCUGGUUUGUGCCCUGAAGCAGGAGGGCUUAAAUCCCUUCCAAACCUCUGCAUUAUUUGUAACCCUCACCAUUCUAACUUGUGAUGCCAGUCCUUGCUGAGGUCAGUGAGAUAUUGUGGCAGUGAGUUCCACAGGUGAAUUAUGUACUGUGUGGAAAAAGUAUUCCCUUUUAUCAAUUUUUAAUUCACCACCUUUUGCUUUCGUUUAGUGUCCCCUUGUUCUUCUACAGCAAGAGAGGGUGAAGAAAAGCUCCUGACCUGCCUUCUCAAUACCAUUCAUUGCCACCUCCUCGCUAGUAAUUAAUGCUAAGAGGGUAGCUGCCCAUUUAAUCCUGGGCCUCGAUUUAGAAACUGCCAAAUAAGAAGCCAUUUGGGAUGUUGGGCUUUUCAAAGGGGCCAUCUGUUACCUAGGAACUGAAGUGGAACCGCCACAUUGAUUUGACAUAACCUACUGCUCAGCAGCCAUGCAAUGGCAAUGACUUCCAGUUGCUACUGACCUAGGCUGCAGUCAGGCCUGUGACAAGAGGUGAAAGGCUCUGGAUUAGGGCUGUUGAUUAAUCGCAGUUAACUCACACGAUUAACUCAAAAAAAUUAAUUGCAUUUAAUCGCAGGUUUAAUCGCACU